AUGGUUAUGAAACUCAUUUCAAUGUCCAUCAGCCUUGGAACAGUCAUGAGUGAGGACGCCUGGAAUCCAUCACGAGCAUGCAUGGGCGUCAUGUACGUCGAAGCAGAAGACUUGAACAAUAAAGAGCCAACACGACAGGGCAACAACAUGGCGCAGCAACUCAAACGCAACGACACAGGAGUGUACCGUGCCCAAAAUCCAGAGGCAGCCAAGUCGGCGAUGAAAACAGUCCAGAUCAACCCACAACACAAGAUGAUGGCAAGAAUACGCGUUCUCGUCGUCGAGCUGGGACCUGCGCCGAACAGACUUCGGUCUCCGGUAGCAAGUGGAGAAGCUGAAGUGAGCAUGGCAGAUGCAGGGCGUCUGUAG